AUGCGAUUUGCAUACAAAGUACGCGGAAAACCGAACGCAGGCGCAGUCAGCAAAAACGUCAUCUCGAACUUGAAUAAGAUUUCUAUUCGUCGACGCACGAGUAAACUCGAUCAACACACGAGUCGCGGAUAUUUUUCCGGUCGCGUAGAAAGCCCCGACUUGAGUCAUUCUAAUACAAACCGGCAGAUCGGUCCUGCCGGCAGUACGGGUUCGCGAGUCACUAAGUUUAGACGUUAUGAUAUCGCGUGUGUAACGAUGAAUACUACGGCAAAUAACACUUGGCAGUGGUACAGGAAUGUGGUGAUGUCGUGGCUGGAGGACCCUGGGGUCGAGGAGCACCAGGGUCUCAAUAUCAGCUCGCUGAUGAUGGAUGAGGCGUUUGUUGUGGCGGAGGCAGAUAGAAAUGUGGCUGUGUACAGUGUUUCUGAUGAUUGCUUCAGAUGUCCGUUCGAGCUUCAGAAGACACUAACAGCUGAUUUCGAGACCUGGUGGGUUGUGGACACAGCCAGACGGUCUACAUGGAGAGUAUAUACGGACACUUCAGAUAAAUACAUAAGUCUAAGGAAUACUACGAAUCUAAUAUGUCAGCUGCGACCGAAUUUGGGUGAAUUUGGAGUGUACUCUCUCAAUAUCACAGGAGAUGGUUGCGAUGUACAGACCUCAAGGGAUCCUGUGGACAUUUAUAUGCGUGAGUUGUAA